UAUAAUAAGUCCUGCAUUCUUCGAAAGAGUGAAAGCCAGCAUCUUUUCCUUAGUUUUCUCAAGGAAGUAGCUUCUGUUCGUCAUGUCUGGCCGCGGAAAGCAGGGAGGCAAAGCUCGCGCUAAGGCCAAGUCUCGGUCUUCUCGGGCGGGUCUUCAGUUCCCAGUGGGUCGGGUGCACCGUUUGCUCCGGAAAGGUAACUACUCCGAGCGAGUCGGUGCCGGGGCGCCGGUCUACUUAGCGGCCGUACUAGAGUACUUGACAGCUGAGAUUCUGGAGUUGGCUGGAAACGCGGCCCGCGACAACAAGAAGACGCGUAUCAUUCCCCGCCAUCUUCAGCUGGCCAUCCGCAACGACGAAGAACUUAAUAAGUUGCUGGGCAAAGUCACCAUCGCCCAGGGCGGUGUUCUGCCCAACAUUCAGGCCGUGCUAUUGCCCAAGAAGACGGAGAGUCACCACAAAGCCAAGGGCAAGUGAAAAGGGCUCAUGAGAGAUAGCCUAACCCAAAGGCUCUUUUCAGAGCCACCCAAUUGUUUCAGGAAAAAAAGCUGUUAACGAGGUCUAUCCUCAAUUCUUCGUGGCGUUAGCUUCGGUAAUAAAAGCUUUCUGAGAGGCUGA